CCGGAACUGGGCGAUCAUAACACCCACUUACUCCAAAUUCCAUCCAUGUGUGGGGCAGAGGAGCCAGUCCUGAGCUGCUAGCCAUGCAUUAACCCCCAGACCUGCAAUGCCCAACACCAUGGAGACCCACCCCAUGAGCCUGGAUGGGAGUGAAAAGUCCCCUGAAUCCAAGGACUUGAUCACUAGCAACACGGCCAGCACGCUGUGCAUCAGCUCCAGGAGCGAGUCCGUCUGGACCAACACGCCCAGGAACAAGUGGGAGAUCUACCACAAGCCCAUCGUGGUGGUUUCUGUCGGAGGCGCCAUCUUUCUCUUUGGAAUGGUGGUUACCAGCCUGUCCUGCUUCAUAGAGACCAAUAAAAAUGUUUACAAAAUGUGCGGCCCGGCUUUCCUGUCCCUGGGGCUGAUGCUCCUGGUUUGCGGCUUCGUCUGGAUCCCCGUCAUCCGGAAGAAGCAGCGGCAGAGACAGAAGUCACACUUCUUUCAGAACAUCAAGUCAUUCUUCUUUAACCGCUGAGGGCUGCUCAGGCUCAGCGCUCACGGGUGGCAAGUAAUGCCUCUUUCAGCCUGGCUGGAUUUGCCAUGAGAUUAUUAGGGCCUGAUCCUGCUCUCAGACAGGCCUAGUGGAUCCCCAACUUUGACCUUCUCCUCUCCCCAUAGGUGAAAUUCACCCCCCUGCAGGUCCUCUGUGGGCAGGUAAACUUCACACUAUGUGCUAGGAGAGCAGAAUACUGGCAUUGAGACAAGCAGGUUGGGCUCAAGCCCUAGAUUUUGCUCUUGACUGUAUAUUGAGCAAACCUGCAAACAUUGACCGUGUCUUAUAGAGGACAAAGCUUUGAACUGCUUUCAUCAACACCCGGCACCUGUACUGCUGAACACCUGUCUGGGAUGGUCUACGUGUACUUGGCCUGCCUCAGCCCCGGGGGCUGGACUUUCAAGAUCCGUUCCAGCUCUACAUUUCUAUGAAUGGGAUUUCACUAGAAAAUGUAAACCUUUACUCGGAUGACUCUUACUCAUGAGAGCAGUCCCAUGGAUUUGAAUGCCACUACUUGUGUGAGUAAGAGUCACAGGACAGGUCUGACAGGGUAUAGCUGAAAGGAUUUCAGCUGUUCAGGGUGUGCUGUGUUAAUAUCUGUGUUAAUAUCUGUCUGGGGAUUGGUCCUGCUUUGAGCAGGGGGUUGGACUAGAUGACCUCCUGAGGGCCCUUCCAACUCUGAUAUUCUAUGAUUCAAUAGAGGAAACAGGGCUACACUAGGAAGGGAUUGGAUUGUUUUCCAUAGCCAUAUGGCUACUACCCCUCUCUUGAUAAGAUGACCAAGCACAACACUACAGAUAUAGACGAUCCACAGUGCCAGGAUAUGUCAAUGGGAUUUGGAGGAGACAGUGCAUUCAGAAUGCUCUGCAAGAGCAAACAGAAUCAUUUCUUUCUAGCCAACUGUGCAUUGGACCUCAGAGGAUACAUCCAGAAUGAUACACAUGCAAGAUCCACAGCUGAGAAUGAAAGGACUUAGAUGGGGAUGUGUAUGAAGUUCAUCUCAUAAUUGUCACUAUGAAACGAGCAUCUGUGUGCAAUGCUACUCCAAAGCUUACUCAUGACUUUCUGGUGAAGUGUGGGGUGAUAUUUAAUUCUACCUAAACAGCCAAGCUGAAGAGCAACUGAGCAUCAGAAGUAGCAUUUCUCUGUUCAAUUUUACAGACUAUCUUUAAAAAAUUUCAUUCCUCAAGGUCUCUGGAUGCAAGGCUGUAUUGCACCAACUGCAUAUUUAUCUCAGUUUGGAGUGAUUGUCUCUGUCAUGAUGGAUUCCAGCACAGCAGAAAUCUCAAACAUUCCACCUGGGCGGAACAAGAGCAAAUGUAAAUGAGAUGCCUUGUUUAACUCAAGUCUAUUGAACUCCUAUUGUUAAUAAUGAUGUACCCUGGGAAAUUUACCUACAAAAGCAGGAAUCGUUCCCAAAUAUUUUUGGUUAAUAUUGUAGUUGCCUUUUUUCAAUGGGGCCCAGUUAGUUUAAAAAGCCAUGUAAAUACAGCUUCCCAACUGCAAAUCCAACUGUGCAAUUGGUGUUUGGUUUGGAUACUAGGGACAAGAUUUUUACAAAUAGUCGCCUAGUUUGUAGUUAGGCCCCUACAUAAAUUGCCUGAUUUUCAAAGCAGCUGAGCUGCCGUUGACUCCACUGAAGUCAAUGGGAGCUGAGAAGACUCAGCGACCACAAUCGGAUUGUGUCUCUGGUUAGCCUCAUUCUUAGCACUGAGUAAACCAGUA